AUGCCACCAGGGCUGUCAGACCUAGUUCUGGACACCCAAAUUCGCGUGGAUUUUCAUCAAACACUUCAUCAAACAGCCCAUCACCGGUUUACCUUUGAGUGGGUCACUUUUUCGGGAAGGUUUACCGGCCGUCGCCGUCGUUACAGAGAAGAUGUUUGGAUAAAGGGCAGGCUACUGGGGCGUGGCUCCUACGGCAAUGUGUAUCUGCACCAGUGUGCGACAGGCGAUGGGGGUAGGCCUCAAUUACAGGCUGUCAAAACGAUUGACAAGGCCCAAAUGGUCGCUCACAGGAUUAACUACCACAAAGAGAUAGAGGCUAUCGCUAAAUUCUCGCAGCAAAAGUACCACGGGCUGUUCGUCGAGUUCUUGGGAUGGUACGAAAAUGAUACAUCGGUGUUUAUUGCCAUGGAAUAUAUUGAGCAUGGGGAUCUCAGCUCCCACCUAAAACAACCACUACCCGAAGAGGAGGCCAGGACCAUCACAUUUCAGUUGGUAGAGGGGCUCAUGUUUCUCCACGCCAAUGCUUUUGUGCAUAGAGAUGUUAAGCCAAAGAAUAUCUUUGUGAUUCAAAUCGGCCCUGAAUGGCGCGUCAAGCUCGGGGACUUCGGUAUAAGCAAGCGCAUGAGCGAGGACUCCAGCAUCUGUAGCAUGGUUGGAACGAGGCCAUUUAUGGCACCUGAGAUGCAGGGUUUCCUACCCCCAGAAGAAGAGGAAGGGAGUCUAGCCUGGCGCUUUACGGAAAGUAUUGAUAUGUGGUCCCUCGGUGUGACCACAUACUUCCUACUGUUUCACGAGUACCCUUUCUCGCUGGAGGAGAUAAUCAAGCUCAGACGAUACGUUGAGGGAAGCGAUUUUCCCUUCCCGGGGAAGAUAACUCCGUCUUUGAGCCUGGGGUGUCGUCAGUUUCUCGAGGCAGUGAUGGGACGAAAUCCUCGGAAUCGAAUGUCUUCCGAAGAAGCCCUGGAAAGUGGAUGGCUGAGCCAAAUAUAUGCGGACCAUCCCGAGGAGAUACCGGUUUUGGAUAGCGAGACUCAUGACAGCUCUCAGUACAUACCCCCCAGACCCGAUCAGGAGAGUCAUGCGGCCCUUUCCCAUGAGACCGAAUCAAUUUCACCCCUCAAUGAAUCGGUUGUUCUUGCGAGCCUGACUAGAGAUGUAUCUCAUAACACAUCUUCCACAAUCGAUCAAGACACAACUCUAGUUCCUCCUCAGCAUGAAAUCGAAGACCCUAUCCCUUCCCAUGAGAUGAGCUGGGAUGGCACUCACUACGCACCUUUAUCACCCAAUCAAGAUAGAAAUUCGGUUUCUUCCGAAUCCGAACCCGAAGCCGUCAAAUCCGCCGAGGCAAGCUCGACUCAUGAUGAGACCCCAGACGCAACUCCCAUAUUCAACCAUGAAAAUAGUCAAGUUGUUUUUCAAGGUGUAUCUGAAGCCUUCAACGGUGGGGAGCUGAUGGAUACCAUUUUGGAUUUGCUUCAAGCCCCCGACACCUCGGAACCUUCACAAAAUGAUCUGACAAUACGAUCAAAGAUACUCCAUACGAAUCCACCUGGUGCUGACAACAGCGAUUCCGAAGAAACUGUCAGUCAUGAGAGUAUCGAGGAAGUCCAACCGGAAGCUUUUGGCGCAGACCCACCGGACGAUUCGACCACUGGGAAGGCUAAAAGCCCAGAAGUGGCUUUUGUUUUGCCGUCGCCUCGAAGUGGAGAUCGAACGCCGGGAGAAAGUUUGCUCCCAAAAUGGGACAAGGAAUACACUUCCGAGGAGAUUGUUGUUUCUCAGGACGAAAGUCACACUGGGAAUACCAGCAAUGGGGAACAAAUAGCCAUCUCGUCAGCGGCUUCUCCCUCCCGCUCUCUCAUCACAGAACGUGAAGCCGACGAGCUGCAGUCGAUUAUCGCGAGCCUAUCUCAUCUCUUCAGAGAAGAGGAUUGGUUAAUUGACGAAAAGCCACAUGGGAUAAAAGAAUACGAAAAAGCCGCGGAGUUGCUUGAAGAGAUUUUCAAAGUCCAGAGGGAUGCCCUUGGAGGGAGGAACGAAGCAACACUGAAAACAGCCUAUCAUCUCGCCCAAGUCUGUUUUCGACUGAGCAGAUGGGAGGAGGCAUCUUUAUUUUUUGGAUUCUCAGCCAAAUGGCAGCACGAAACCCUUGGGCCAUAUCAUUCUGACACCCUCCUAUCCUUACAUGGAUCUGGCUGUGCAGAGAUUAAACGGGGCAAUUUGAGAGAGGCCGAAACAAUUCUCAGAAGAACGCUCAAUAUCCAACAAGCUGUUUUGAGACCCAAAGACGACAACACCAUUCAUACAAGUUAUGAGCUUGCCGGAUUACUCUAUUCCGAAGAGAAGUGGUCGGAGGCACGAUUUCACUUCCAGCCCGUUAUAGCUCAUAUACGGGGCACCCCUGGAGAAGCGACAAGAGCUAUGACGACAUGUUUGGCCCGAAGCGGCUUCGCUUCAUUUGGACUCAAAGAGUACAACUUGGCAGUGGAAUUCUUGACAGAAGUAAUGGACACAUUGAGGAAGUCUCCUAGAUUUACCCGUAAAUAUACCCUCCGAGUGGCCUCUGUGCUAGGCGAAUCUCUCUACCACCUGGGACAAUAUCCCGAGGCGAGAGCUAGCCUUGAAGAAGCCGUUUCGAUGGGUAAAUAUCUGGGAGUGACAAGCCGCCGCGAUUUGAAGCCCUUGCGAUUCCUUGCUGAAUGUCUAUUUCAAAUGAAAGAUUACGAGAGCGCGAAAACUGUCUGUGAAAAUCUAGCCGAGGAGCAGAAAAGAAUGCUUGGCCCGACACACGAGGAGACGUUAGGUUCUAUGUACAACACGGGGAUAGCAUACGAAAAGAUGGGACAGCAUGAGGACGCACACGCAGUGCUCAUGAAAGUUCAAAGACUUGGAUUUGAGGGAUCUGGGCCCGGAAUUGCUGUUGGUUUGCGCGCCGGUCACGAUCUCGGUCUCAUGCUGUAUAAUUUGAAGAAUUACGAGCUGGCUGAAAAGCAAUUUGAGCUCGCGGCAACUAAGCGGGCCAAAUUACACGGUCCAACUAAUGAAGAGGCCCUGGAGAGUCGCUUUUGGCUUUGUCUCACGCAGAUCAAGAUGCAGAAAUAUGUUGCCGCCGAAGCUACUUGCUGCCAGACUUUGGAUUAUGAGACCGAGGCUUAUGGACAUCCUCUGGAUGGCACGUUGGAUAACCUUGAACGGCUUGUAGGCGCAUAUUCCGAGACAUCUUUACUUGAGAAAGCGGCUUCCCUGGGUGAAUUAUUGGUGCAGAGAAGGAAAGAGAAGAACGGAGAAAUGGACACAACCACUCUCAUAGCAGAGGAGUUACUCGGAGAUAUCCGUCUCUCCAUGAAAAGAAAGGAGGAGGAAAAGAUGGAAGCGGAACAGGAGAAGGUGAAUCAAGAGGCGCGAGAGAGAGAGAAUUUUAAGUUGCGACAGCUCGAGGUGCGGGAGCUAAGGCGACAGCAAGUGGAAAUGGCGAUGAAGGAGCAGAAAAGUCGAGGCCCAGCAUGGCCGAAAUCUUUGAGGGCGAAGAUAAAGGCCAUAUUGGACGAUUAG